UCAAGCCAUCUUGACUGAAUAUUUAGCCUCUUCCAAGGUACAUUAAUUUGAUAUCUUCGAUAUUCUGCUGCCUACUAAUUGAUAACUGCCAUCGUUUGAAAGGUCGGGACCGUGACAAUGAGACCGGGUCGAGUUUGUGUGUUUGACCGGAGUCAGGGAGGAGAAAUGAAGUGCUGAAGAUGACGCUGUCGCUCCUGAAAUUACCGGCUAUCUAAGCUAACAGCUAGCAUGUCCGCCUCGGUUGUAGUCUGUCACUAGCUGACAUUUAGCCAGGUGCAGUUAUUCUGUUUGCCACUCGCACUGCAGAGGCCGGAUUUAAAGGGGAGUGGGUGUAAACUCACAUGCGGAAGGUGUGGAGGAGGGAAUGUGAAACAGUUGCUAACAGACUCAACAUGGGUAGGGGUCGAGGGCGAGGGAGAGGAAGGGGCAGGGGCACAUCUGGCCAGUUGCGGCCCCCCUCGCCCUACAGACUGCAGCUCUCUCCAUCCAGGGAGACCUUGACCUACGCUCAGGCACAGAAAAUAGUAGAAGUGGACCUAGAUGGAAGGCUGCAUCGGAUUAACAUCACAGAUCCACUGCCAGUUAUAACUGAGGACGAGAUGAUGGCCCAGGACAUUGCUGAGUGCAAUAGCAAUAAAGAAAACAGUGAGCAAACACAAAGUAAAACCAGAUCUUGGAGGAAACCCCCUGGAAGUAAAAACAGGAGGAGUGUUAAAAAUGCCUCGCACCAAAACCAGCGAACUGGUUCCCACCAGCACACAGGAGCUACCAAUUCUUUCCAGCACCUGCCCUUCGAAGCAUCUCUGCCGGAGCCUACUUUUCGCACGUUGAAUUCAGUUUGCCCUUCAGAGGCACCCCCUCUCCCAACAGCCUACUAUCGCUACAUAGAAAUGUCAGGGGAGGAACAGGACAGCGUGGCAGAGUAUGACAUGGAUGAGGAGGACCUGGCCUGGCUGGAGAUGGUCAAUCAAAAGAGGGUGUCUGACGGUCACGCCUCGGUGGCUCCGGACACCUUUGAGUUGCUCAUAGACCGUCUAGAGAGGGAGUCCAUCCUAGAAUCCCGUAGCCAGGCUCUGUCUCAGAGUGCCGUCGAUGAGGAUGCCUUUUGCUGUGUCUGUUUGGAUGAUGAAUGUCUAAACAGUAAUGUCAUCCUGUUUUGUGACAUCUGCAACCUAGCUGUCCACCAGGAGUGUUAUGGCGUGCCCUACGUACCCGAGGGCCAGUGGCUGUGCCGCUGCUGCCUGCAGUCCCCUUCCCGUCCUGUAGACUGUGUGCUCUGUCCCAACCGAGGAGGUGCCUUCAAACAGACAAGUGAUGGACGCUGGGCCCACGUUGUCUGUGCCAUAUGGAUCCCAGAGGUAUGCUUUGCCAACACCGUGUUUUUAGAGCCUGUUGAGGGGGUCAAAAACAUCCCUCCAGCUCGAUGGAAACUCACAUGUUACCUGUGCAAGCAGAAGGGCAGGGGGGCGUCCAUCCAGUGCCACAAAGCCAACUGUUACAGGGCCUUUCAUGUCACUUGUGCUCAGAAGGCUGGCCUGUUUAUGAAGAUAGACCCAGUCCGGGAAACUGGUGUCAAUGGUACCACUUUCUCUGUGAAGAAGACGGCCUUCUGUGAGCAUCACUCUCCUGUAGGAUCUCGCCGUGAUGGAUCGGGAGACGAGUCAGUUGAAGGAAGAAUGGUGGGAGGCAGAGGGAGCCGAGGUCAAAGGUCAUAUACGCAAUCCUCCCCCUCACCGCCAAACAAGAAGACCUCCAAGGGUCAGAAAAAGAAGAAUACAAAAGGAUCAGGUGGAUCGACGCGUCGCUCAAAUGUGCCUGUGCUGCUUGUGCCUCAGAUCCCAUCUCACAGGCUGAACAAGAUCUGCACAGGAGUUGAAGUCCAGAGGAAGAAUCAAUUCAUGCAGAGGCUUCAUAACUACUGGUUACUGAAACGGCAGUCAAGAAAUGGGAUGCCUUUAAUACGCCGGCUUCAUUCCCAUCUUCAAGCCCACAGGACUGCAGAGCAGAAGGAGCCUGAUGAGAAGCUGUGUGCUGCGAGAGAGGAGCUUCGGUACUGGCAAAAACUGAGGCAGGACCUGGAAAGAGCCAGACUUUUGGUAGAGCUCAUCCGCAAGAGAGAGCGACUAAAGAGAGAACAGAUGAAAAUUCAGCAGGCAGCGCUCGAGUUGAAGUUGACCCCUGCAUUGGUGCUCUUGCGUUCCACCUUGGAGCAACUACAAGAGAAAGACACUUCUAAAAUCUUCACCCAGCCCGUUAAUCUGUCAGAGGUCCCUGAUUACCUGGAGUUCGUUUCACAACCCAUGGACUUCUCCACCAUGCGAACCAAACUGGAGGGACAUGCCUAUUGCUCCGUUGUUGACUUGGAGAAGGACUUUGACCUCAUGAUCUCCAACUGUCUCAAGUACAACUCUAAGGACACCAUGUUUCACAAGGCAGCUCUACAGUUGCAGGAGGUGGGAGGAGCCAUUCUCCGUCAUGCUCAUAGGCAAUCUCAGAGCAUUGGCCUGGACCCCAAUACUGGCAUGCAUCUCUCAGAGGCUCCCAACAAACAUGGAUUUUACCACUGUUCAUGGGAUGAUGUCGACUCUCUGCUGGAUCCAGAGAACAGACUGCACCUAAACACAGAUGAGCAACUUAAGGCUUUACUGGAUAAACUAGACAUGGUUACAUCCAUGCGUACCAGUGGUGGCCGAACCAAACGCAUAAGACUGCUGCGCCGUGAGAUUAACACUCUGAGACAGAAGAUGAACCAGCAGCAGCAAAACAGUCUUUCUGUGAAUGGUAACGAAGAUGAAAGAAAAGACAAGGAGGAAGAGGAAGAGGAGGAAAAGAAAACUGACAAGACAAGUGUUGUGGAUAAUGGAUGUUUGACAGGGUCCAACACUGGGACAGACGACUCCCCACCUAUACUAGAACUUACUUGCCCAGUAUCCUCACCGCUGCCAGGAGAUGCUCCUCUCGAGCCCCCUGUACUGGGCAUCAUAACUGGAGGACGAAGGUCACCCGGGCGCUCAUACAAGCGUCAGCGGUCGUCCCGCAGUGGGAGCAAAAACCAAGGAGAAGAGGAGGCUGAAGUGGGUGAGACGCCGUCUUCUCAACCAGAGGCUGUUCAUGAAGUUACACCACUGGGUACUCCUCCGAAUCUGCCUUUGGUUGGAGUUGGUCGGCGUACGUCUGUACUGUUUAAGAAAGCCAAAAAUGGGGCACGUAUGGCAAAAAACAAAUCUUCACCACAACAGAAUGGAAAAAUGACUGAGGAUAAAACCAAUGGCUUGGACAGCAACUCUACCGACCUGAAUUCGCCCAGUGUAACAAACAUCAUCUUACCUCCCACUCCAAAUGCCUCACCAACACCUCCUUCUCCUUCCUCACACCACCUGAGGUCCAGAGGCCUCAGCUUAGAAAGUGAAGCAGACAAGCAGCUUCCACCACCCAGAGAAGCAGGUUUGACAAAUGGGAAGCUCAUCUCUCCUGAGGAGGAUGAUGACCAAAAGCUGAAUAACUGCAGCGUCUCCCCACCCAAACGUAGCCGUGGGAAACCCGCACUGGUCAAAGUCCCCAGCAGUGAGAAUGGAGAUGUCUCCGGGUCAGGAAAGUCUACACUUCUGUCUUUAGAUACAGAAAGCGUGCUCACACCACUGGACCUUGUUUGGGCCAAAUGCAGAGGAUAUCCAUCAUAUCCAGCAAUGAUUGUUGAUCCAGACAUGCCCCAGGAAGGCCUUCUUCACAAUGGCAUCCCCAUUCCAGUUCCCCCUGUGGAGGUGCUCAAACUAGGCGAGUGGAGACAAACUGAGGAAGGAGAAAAACUCUUCUUAGUGCUUUUUUUUGACACAAAAAGAACUUGGCAAUGGCUCCCUCGUAAUAAACUACUGCCUCUUGGAAUGGAUGAUACCGUCGACAAGCUGCGCUUAAUGGAAGGCAAGAAACCCAGCGUUCGCAAAUCUGUCCACACUGCAUAUGACCGGGCCAUGGUUCACUUAAACCAUGUAAGAGGAAAUCUUAACUUCACUCCCUCCAAUUUUAUAUAGAUUUUAGUAUGAACAUAUUUGCCACUUUAAUUUACGGUGUUCUUCAGCAAAGCUCUUAAAAAGGUGGGAAAGUAAAACCAAGAAUUACAUUCCCAGCUGUUGCGGUAAGGUUUUUUUGCAUAAACGUCCUUUUUUCAUUUUUAAAAUUAAGCAAAGUGCUGAAAGCAUAUAGUAAUUUAUUCUUGUCAUUUUUUUAAAAGGUUUUAAACAACCACUGUUGAUGUGUGUCCAUAUAAAGUUUUUUUUAGGCUGACUUAAGAGAAGUGUAAAUAUUUACUUGUGAAAGGGAUUUUUUGAUUCAAAACACAUUUAGAUUGUAUCUGCCAUUGAAAUGUCACUGUGUUUCAUAAAGUGUGAACGUCUCACCUAAUGUUUACGUCAUUUCUGGACUCUUAAGUAAGUUUGGCUUUGACCGCCUUUGACACCUUUUUUAAAAUUUGAUCAAAUUUGACAAUUUUCUCUAGGCCUUACCUGGUCUACUGUGAUUUAGUUUUAGUUUUUGAGUCUGAAAUCUAGCCUUUUAUUUACCAGAUCUUUUGACACUUAUUUAGUAAUUACAACACAAUAGACACAAUGGACCUAGAAAUGAACUUUGGUCAAAUGGCUGUCAGCGCUACAAUUUACAUGGAUUUGGUCUACCAAUGACUUGUUGGUGUUUUUUUUUACUUAUUUUUCCAUAUUGUGAAACUGUAUCAUGAAUCUAGAAUGUUGCAGCUACUUGGUUAGUUAAGAUGUGAAGCCACUACCGAGGUGAAGCAGAUUUUUUUUGUGUUUAUUUUGACAUAGUCUACUGCGAUCACUCACUGAAGAAGUUGCAAUUGUUUGCAAAUCUGGCUGAAAUGACUUGAAAAGCACAAUUGGCCUGUUGUAGGAUUGGUGUCUCCUGGAGCCAUAUUUGAGGCAAAACCGUGUAUGUGUGUGGGUGUGUGUAUGUAUGAGUGUACAGUAUAUACAUAUAUAUGUAUACAAGCUCAGUGUAGUAAAGGUGCAUGUGUAUAGUUUUGUAAAUAUGUAAAUGGAUGUUUAUAUUCGCUUACAUGAGGUAAUUUAAGGAAUGCAGAAAUCAAAUUUAGAUUUUAAUUUAUAAUUUGUGAAAGUUAAGAGUGGUAUUUAAAAAGUAAACUAUUGAAAAGAUUUAUGUAUGAUGCUAAGUAGCUCUUUGUAAUAGUGAUGGUAUUCACCAACAUGUCAGAACAUAUUAUGUAGAAGUGAGGUGGCACAAGGCCUGAACCCUGUAGGCCACAGUGCAGCACUGGCCUAUAUGAAACGUGUUUUUCCCUUGUUGGCACAGGAGGUUUUUGAUCUUGUCAUUUGGAGUGUACUACAAGAUCUGAUCUGCCUGAGACGAUAUUUUCUCACAGAAUAAAUGCUGUUUGAAACAA